AUGCCUCUCAAUACUUCCGGGGCCUUGAUUCGGAUGCGUCUCGUCAUUAUUUUCCUCACCAUCACCUGGCUGGCCCAUGCCGGUCUCAGUUCGGCCCCUGUACGCUUUGCGGUCGCUCUGCGAGACUGCGCAAAACCUGACCUCGUCCCCCCAAGCGACUCUAUUUUGGAAAUAACGUUCCAAAGCUCAUGGACAAUGUCGUCGAGGGCAUGCCCUGUUCUCCAUCUUCAGGUUUGUCCUUGUGAUUUACCCGAAGUGGCUAAAAGAGGACUGCACCGCUCGAUUCUACUACAGUUGCAUUUAACCGUUGUGAGCUUGAUCGUUCUCUCCCUAGGGGGUUAUGUUGUCAGCCACGUCCGCAGCUUUCCGACAUCCUUCGAGUUUUUUGACAGUGCGGGCCACUUUCCAUACUACAAGAUUAUGUAUUAUGGAGCCGUUGGCAAGGCCGCUUUCGGAGUCUAG